CGUCACGCACUUUUAAAUAGCAGUAUAUACUAAUCGUAUUUCCCAAUUAUAUUUUGUUUUCGCCACAUACUUAUCCUUCUUCAUUUUUAUCUCUCUAAAAACCUGCAUUCUCUCUCUAGUGUAUUGUCAAAGCCUCCAUUUUCUAUCCCCCAAUGGAUCCUUAUAAAUUUCGUCCAUCAAGUGCACACAAUUCACCUUACUGUACAACCAAUUCUGGUGCACCUGUAUGGAAUAACAAUUCUUCUAUGACUGUUGGAAGCAGAGGUCCCAUUCUUUUAGAGGAUUAUCACCUGGUAGAAAAGCUUGCCAACUUUGACCGAGAGCGUAUCCCAGAACGUGUUGUUCAUGCCAGGGGAGCAAGUGCAAAGGGAUUUUUUGAAGUUACUCAUGAUGUUUCUCAUCUGACAUGUGCUGAUUUCUUGAGGGCUCCUGGUGUCCAGACCCCUAUCAUUGUUCGUUUCUCCACUGUUAUUCAUGAACGUGGCAGUCCUGAAACCCUCAGGGACCCUCGUGGUUUUGCUAUAAAGUUCUACACCAGAGAGGGUAACUUUGAUUUGGUGGGGAACAAUUUCCCUGUAUUUUUCAUUCGUGAUGGAAUGCAAUUCCCUGAUAUGGUGCACUCCCUCAAGCCCAAUCCUAAAUCCCACAUCCAGGAGAACUGGAGGGUCAUGGAUUUCUUCUCUCACCAUCCUGAGAGUUUGCACAUGUUCACCUUCCUCUUUGAUGAUAUCGGAGUUCCUCAAGACUACAGGCACAUGGAUGGCUCAGGUGUUAACACAUAUACUCUGGUUAACAAGGCUGGCAAGGUACACUAUGUGAAGUUCCACUGGAAGCCAACAUGUGGAGUAAAGUCCUUGUUGGAGCACGAAUGCAUCAAAGUUGGAGGAGCUAAUCACAGCCAUGCUACUCAGGACCUCUAUGACUCAAUUGCAUCUGGGAACUAUCCCGAAUGGAAAUUUUUCAUCCAGAUAAUAGACCCAGCUGAUGAAGAUAAAUUUGACUUUGAUCCAUUAGAUGUUACAAAGACAUGGCCUGAAGACAUUUUACCUCUGAUUCCUGUGGGUCGUCUAGUCUUGAACAAGAACAUUGACAACUUUUUUGCUGAGAAUGAGCAGUUGGCCUUUUGCCCUUCUAUUGUUGUUCCUGGUAUCCACUACUCUGAUGACAAACUACUUCAGACUAGGAUUUUCUCAUACUCGGAUACCCAAAGACACCGUCUUGGUCCCAACUAUCUGCAACUUCCAGUUAAUGCACCCAAGUGUUCUCACCACAACAACCACUAUGAUGGUUUCUUGAACUUUAUGCACAGAGAUGAGGAGAUUGACUAUUUCCCAUCAAGAUAUGAUCCUGUUUGUCAUGCUGAGAGAUAUCCCAUACCUUCAAACAUUUUGAAUGGAAGGCGUGAAAAGCAAGUGAUUGCAAAGGAAAACAACUUCAAGCAGCCUGGAGAGAGAUACAGAUCUAUGGACCCAGCCAGGCAAGAGAGAUUUAUUUGCAGAGUGGUUGAUGCUUUAUCUGAUCCUCGUGUCACUCAUGAAAUCCGCAGCAUUUGGAUUUCUUACUGGUCUCAGGCAGACAAGUCUCUUGGGAUGAAGCUCGCAAGUAGACUCAAUGUGAGGCCAACCAUGUGAAUAUGACGAGCACGAACAUGAAUGUGUACUAUUAGGGCAUUGAGACGAGGACAGGCUCGCCAAAAACUUGAUAUCUAGCUGCUCUGCAUAAAAACACUAUACUCUGCCACAGUUCCCGGAGUAUCUCAGUGUAGACGAGAGCUAAAUUUGAAGUCACUAUUAUAUUGUUGGUGUUAGAGUUGCAGUACUAAUUGCAUCUAUCUUAUAAUCUCAUUUUGUUUCAUCAUAAAGUGUAUAAUUGAGUUACUGAAAAUAAUUUGCCAUUUUCGCUCGGCCACAAA